CUCCCUCCAUCUUGGUCAGAGUUUGGUGCCUCGUCCACUUUGCCAGGCCCGUCUGCCCGUCCUCAUCCCGUCGUCCUUUUUUUAACUUAAAACCAAAAACAAGAAGAAGAAGAACCGACCGCCAAGAUGGAGGCCAUCAAGAAGAAGAUGCUCAUGCUCAAGCUGGACAAGGAGAACGCUCUGGACCAGGCGGAGCAGGCGGAGGCGGACAAGAAAGCAGCGGAGGAUAGAAGCAAACAGCACGAAGACGAGCUCCUGCAGAUGCAGAAGAAGCUGAAGGGGACAGAGGACGAGCUGGACAAAUACUCCGAGGCGCUGAAGGAUGCUCAGGAGAAGCUGGAGGUGGCCGACAAGAAGGCCGCUGAUGCGGAGGCGGAGGUCGCCUCCUUGAACAGGCGCAUCCAGCUGGUGGAGGAAGAGUUGGACCGAGCUCAGGAGAGGCUGGCGACCGCUCUGCAGAAGUUGGAGGAGGCCGAGAAGGCAGCCGACGAAAGCGAGAGAGCCAUGAAGGUGAUCGAGAACAGGGCCCUCAAAGACGAGGAGAAGAUGGAGCUCCAAGAGAUCCAGCUGAAGGAGGCCAAGCACAUCGCGGAGGAUUCCGACCGCAAGUACGAAGAGGUGGCUCGUAAGCUGGUGAUAGUGGAAGGCGAGCUGGAGCGCACGGAGGAGAGGGCUGAGCUGGCAGAGGGAAAAUGUGCCGAGCUGGAGGAGGAACUGAAGACCGUGACAAAUAACCUGAAGUCCCUGGAGGCCCAGGCCGAGAAGUACUCUCAGAAGGAGGACAAAUACGAGGAAGAGAUCAAGAUUCUGACAGACAAGCUGAAAGAGGCUGAGACCAGAGCGGAGUUUGCUGAGAGGUCUGUGGCCAAGCUAGAGAAGACCAUUGAUGAUCUGGAAGAUGAGCUCUAUGCACAGAAACUGAAAUACAAAGCCAUCAGCGAGGAAUUGGACCACGCGCUCAAUGACAUGACAUCCAUCUAAAUCGCCACUGGAAGUCCUGCCUGCCACCUUUCUCACUCUCAGCUCAAAUCUGACCCUUAUUUUCUUCUCUUCCUCCAUUCCUCGUAACUGUCCGUUUUAUGCUGCACUUGCACACCUUUUCAAACACGCAGCAGCAGUUUACUCUGUGCAAAUCCACCCUUUAAUUAUACUUUGAGCAUUUCUUCCCCCGUUUAAACAUGGUUAACAAACACAAA